UCUUUAGAAAACUGGAAACAAUAGCCUAUGGUUCCCGUUCAUGGUUAUAUAACUCAAAUAGGCAUCAUAAUGGUAAAACUUAAGAACAUCUCAAUGAAUUAAGUGAAACUAGUUAACAUAAUUUUUAGGAAAAUAAUGAGAAAGACGGUAAGACAUGGAUGAAAAUUGUUUAUGAAUAAAUAUUAAGAGUUAGUGAGACAUUGAUUUGGAAGUCUCAAGAUAAGACAAAUCUUGAACUAGAAAGUUAAACUUGACUCACUAAUUAAGAUAUUUAGUUAGAAAAUCCGAUGCUGAUCUGUGGUCAACAUUAAAAGUGUACUGUUGAAUCCAGGACUUGGCCUACACAUAAUUUAAGCUUAGAGACAACUGCCAUAAUUUACACCUGUUUAAUGAGUAAACAAAAAAUUAGAAAAAUAUUCUACUCACUAGUUUUCAGAUCUUUUUUAUCAUAACUAUAUGUCCACCAGAGUCCAGUUAAAUUAUCUAGAACACAAAGAAAAAAUCUUCAUUUAUUUUAUGAUGCACAGCAGGCCUUUAUAAUUAGCACGUGUUUUGUCCAUUUUUUUUCCUUCUUCUUCUUAUCUUCUCCAUUUCUUUACUGCAAAGUUACAUUCUUUAUUCCAUUCGGUGCUUCUUUUUUCGUGGUGCAUAUAUCCCUGUAAGAUGGAAGGGAUUAUAGUUAGAAGGGUGAUUCCCUCAGACAAUAGUUGCCUUUUUAAUGCUGUUGGAUAUGUUAUGGACCAUGACAAAAAUAAAGCUCCUGAAUUGAGACAGGUUAUAGUGGCAACAGUGGCAAGUGAUCCUGUAAAGUAUUCCAAAGUUUUUCUUGGAAAGCCAAAUAAUGAGUAUUGUUCCUGGAUUCAGGACUCAGAGAAGUGGGGACGUGCCAUUGAACUUGCCAUAUUAGCAGAUUAUUAUGGAUGUGAAAUUGCAGCAUAUGAUAUUCAGACCACAAGAUGCAAUUUAUAUGGCCAGAUGUCUCCAUUUGAGGGAGCUCCGGAGGAGUUUCAUCAGAACAUAUUUGCUGUGGGGAAAGACAGGACCUUAGGGCCAGCUGAGGAACUUGCUCUUAAUCUUCUUAAAGAGCAACAAAGGUGGUCGUUAACGGAGAAGGAGUUACACUUACACUGCCAAGUUCACUUUGCAUUGUGGAGUAUGCCAAAUCGGGGUGGUGGGCCAGAAGGAGGCUGUGGAGCACGCUCAAGCAACAGGCCAUGUUAAUUUUCAGGAAUAUAGAUGACAGUAACCAUGUGAGAAACCUGCAAAAAUAGACCCAUUUCAUUUUAGUAACUCUUUGACAUCAGAAACCACUGCUUCCUGGAAUUAUGUUACAGAAUUGGAAGUUAAAUACAUUCAUGAUUGAACUACUUUUUAUAAA